ACGAGUAUUAUACGGUACGACUAGUCGUUUAUUCAUAAAAUAAAAAAUGGCUGCACAGACUCCAGGAAUACAACAGCUAUUACAGGCAGAAAAGAGGGCCGCCGAGAGAGUUGCAGAGGCCAGAAAACGAAAAGCCAGGAGAUUAAAACAAGCCAAAGAAGAAGCACAACAGGAAAUAGAAGCAUACAAGAAGGAGAGGGAGACACAAUUUGAAGAAAUUCAACAAAAGUACUUGGGCUCCAAAGGAGAUCAGGCACGUGAGAUUGAGAUCCAGACCGCUGCUAAGAUCCAAGAGAUUAACCAGAGAGUGGGCCAAACUAGAGGGCAGGUCCUAAAUGAUCUAUUCAACAUGGUCUUUGACAUCAAACCAGAGCUACAUCAGAACCUUCAAGUUUGAUUAGUAUAUUGAUUAUCCUUUAGUAUUUGAUUAUUUCACCUAUUUGGCCAAGAUGUUGGAAAUGAUAAGUACUCUGAGUCCUUUGAUUUUGUGGUAUGCAAUACAUGUGCGUAUUUAGAAUGUAACUAGUGUUUAAGCAAUGGGUUGAUAUCCAGAUAUUUCAUGGACAUUUUUCUCUUCUGAUAAUUAAAUCUAACUUUUAUACUCAUAGGCCUCUCCCAUGCAGACUGA